AUGUCUACGUCGAACAACACGAGUAACGAACGCGAGCUCAUUCGAAAACGCGGUACCGUGAAAUCUAAAUUGUCGAUGUUCGUCAAAUUUUUAAACUCAUGCGACGAGUCAGAAACCGCGAAUAUGCAUCAACUACAUCUCAGAAUCGUGCGAAUCGAAAAGGAAUUCGAACUCUUCGAAUCGAUCCAGGAGGCAUUAGAGCUAGCCGCAUCAGAUGACGAAUACGAAACGCGACUCGCGGAACGGUCGAACAUCGAAGAAACGUUUUAUAAUAGUAUAGCGCAAGCUGAACGAUUAAUAGCAAUUUCCGAAGAACAGAAACAGGCGAUUACGGAUACUCAGCAAAUAGCUGCUAAUACUCCUCCUGUAAUCGAAUCGCGAGACGUUGCGGUAGAACAACCGACGAGAUUCGGCGAUACAAUCGCGUACACGCAAUCGCCAUUAACGAUUAAUUCGGAGAUGCAAAUAAAAUUACCGACCAUGCAUUUGCCGAAAUUCUGCGAAACGUACGAGAACUGGCCAGGCUUUUGCGACGCCUUCAAGGCCAUGGUGCACGACAAUCCGAAUUUCCGAGACGCGCAGAAAUUAGUAUCUUUGCGAUCAUGCCUGGUAGGGAAGGCCGCAGAAAAAAUCAAGUCCUUGGAGACUACCGCGGCGAAUUAUUUUGUCACGUGGAGUAUCCUCGAGAAAUACUACGACGAUCCGAGCAUCGUAAUAUCGAAUAGGGUACACGUGUUUUUCGAAUUACCGGUGUGCUCGCGAACAAACGUGAAUUCCUUAGGAGAACUGCUGGAUCAAGCCACGAAACAUUAUCGGGCAUUACAAGCGCUGACCCUUUGUGAAAGCUUUUCCGAUACAUGCGAUCACCACGAAACUCGACGACCGUACGCGACUAUUGUGGAAAGAGAAUCUAUGGCAGGAUUUUACCGUCCAUGGAUGAGUUAUUAG